AUGCCCGCAGCCCCGCCGCAGAUGGAGCGCGACCGCCGCGCCCACCCGCCCGUGCCGCUGGUGUACGUGAACAGCUUCGGCUCGCACCGCUGCGGCACCGUGAUCCGCCUGGGCCGCGGCUGGCGGCAGAGCCCCGGGCAGAGCCCCCCGGGCCGGGCUGGGGCCCCGAGGGCCGCCCCGGAGCCGCGGGCCGGGCGCAGUCCCAGGCCGGGCGGCAGCGGGAGGCGAGCGGGGAGUGGCGGCGAGGCGAGAGCCGGCAGCCGCACCAACCGCGGUGACCCUCAAGAGGCUAAGACCGACACCUUUGACUUUCCCAUCCCUUCAAGAAACGUUGAUAAAGUCAUUAAACGAAAGAAGAAAAAGUCCAAAGUCUGGCACAAAGUCUGGAAAGUGAUUUCAAAAAUGCUUGAAGAAAAUGAAAGGUUCAGAAGUCGACUGUUGACCUGCAGCCAGUUUGAUGGAGAAGGCUCUGACAGGACCCAGAGGUCACAGAAUGGGGCAUACCUGGACAGGGAUGAGUCCAUCUUUGGCUGGGUGUAG